AUGUCACAAAACAGUGUCGAGCUGAUUAAACAAGAGCUCAAUGAAAGCGGCUGGGAAGAAAUUCCGGCCAAAGACCCGUACUAUAAAAUCCGGACUAAAAACUAUGGGAAGGCGUCGUUAGAGUGUAUUUUUAAAGUCGAACCCACACAAGCGGACUAUUAUGAAUUGUUUCAAAGCCCUGAGGCUGUUUCGACGUGGUACCCCUUUCUCCAUUCAGUUGUUAAAAAAGACGGGGAGUAUACUGGGAUGUUUUUAAGCCCAACUGCACAAACGUUUCUACCAUUUCAGUUUCAAUAUGAUGUUCAGAAGACUUCUGAAGGGGUGUAUGUCGUAUUAAUAGGUACUCCAACGAUAUUUAUCUAUAUUGAUAUUAAAACGAGUGAAAUCCACAUCAUUUACUCUUUACAUGCUGUUCGAAGUCAAUUAAUGUCGUCUUGUUACUUGAUCUUUAAGUGUUUGGAAGACAUCUUAUCUCGCGAUGAAGACGUCAAGAUCAGAAAUGCCAUUGAACAAGUGUGUUACCCGCAUUACACCACACCCCCAUUAAGUCGCUAUAUCCACGAAUCGCAGCGCGUUCGAAUCACUGCAAACGAAGACGGCGAUGAAAUGUUCAUCCAAGCUGACUUACGCAUUCCUUUGCGGCCACAGACCUUCUUCGAGAUCAUGACUUCUCGCAACGCUUUGACUUCAAUCACUACAGAGAAUGAGAUGGUUAAAGAGUCCAGAAUAUUCACUAUAAGACACUUCUUGUUCAACACUUUGAUACAACCAACAGUCUCCACUGAUGUCGUCUUAGCUUACAGACUCACUCAAGAGUGGACUUCUAUAGUCUUCAAGUCAAUUGAAUCGGACUGUUGUUCAAAAUCCCACACAAAGACUAUUCUUUUCCAAGAGAGUGUUAUUAACUUCAGACAAUGCGGCGAAGAUGACACUCGAGUCCGCUUCUCAGUCUUAUUAAGUCUUCCCGUCGUCUCAUCUUACCCGCCGCCUCUUAGAGAGAAGUUCUUAUCCAAUUUGGUCGCUCCAAUCCUCUUCUUCUUCGCUACGAUAGCAACGCCAAUCCCACUUUCAAUCCAAAAUGUCCCACUCACCGACCAGAACUUCCCCGAGAUGACCACAAUCGAGUCGAUGUCGUCACUUCUCUUGAACGCAAUCACUCUUUCUAAGUCAAAGAAGAAACAAGUCACAACACUUCAGUCAAUGCCCGAGCAAAUUCUUCUCAAGAUCUUUGCAAACGUCGGCGUCGAUGAGAUCAAAAACGUCCAAGAACUCUGCAAACAGUUCUAUUCAUUAGUGAACGGGUCAAUGGCUACAGAGACGUGGAAGGGGAUAUUUAACUCGACGUGUUACUUCAAUGGGAAGGCCACGAUGGAGCCGACUAAGGAGAAUCUUAUGGCCGUCUCGAAGACGCAGAGUCUGUGGAAGUCGACGGACUUCAAACCAAAGACCUUUCAGAUCGCAAGUGCUCCCAUCACUUGUAUUGAGAUCGGAAAUAGCAUCUACUUUGGGACGGACGACGGGGAGCUCCUUGCGACGUCACGCGACGCAUUUGAUCCGAAGAACUAUCAUCUCUUCAGUUCGAGUAAUGCGUCCAGUGAUUCGCGAAGUGAGUCGAAGAGUGACUUCACUGAUCGCAGUGGGUAUAUUGGGAUGAAAGAGAUCAACUCCGAGAUCUGUGUAGUUCAAAAGAGUGGGAAAGCUGGUCGGUUCUAUGGCCCGAAGAUCGAUAUGAAGGGCGCUUAUGACAAAGCCGAUUUCAGUGAUGACGGGAAGGUUGUCUUUGGGUGGAAAGAUCACAUUUUAGUCGUGCAAAUGAGCACCGGAGACGUUAUCAACAAGUUUAUGCCGCAUUUGGGGUAUGUCACACAAGUGCGACAGAUGGGGCACUUGUUUGUGUCUUCCGGAACAGACAAAUUAGUCAAAUUGUUUGAUUCGCGCAGUAAGACGAUAACGAUGGAGUUACGGGGACAUUCCACAUCAGUCAAAGGCGUGAAUGUUAUCGGAGAUUGGAGUUUGAUAUCGUGCGGGGAAGAGAAGGCGACGAUAUUAUGGGACAUACGGAUGGGCAAAAUGGUGACUAAGUCUGACGUCGCGGUCAUCCCCACGUGUAUGGGGACGUACAAUCGAAAGAUCGUGUGUGGUGGUGCAAAUGGGCAAAUCGUUUUACAAUGGAAUAAGUCGCAGUUACGUGAUCGAAGGUACAUAUUUAAAGUCCCAAAUGUACCAACCACAAUCAAUUUAGAUGAUCACACCUUACUUGUCGGUACAAAUACAGGGACUUUAUAUCAAGCCGUAGUGUAA